UUCCCAUUCGAUCCCCAUUCCAGCUGACCAAGUCGCCACCACCGAGCGUCUUCCACUUCGCGCCGCCACGUCCUUCGCCGUCUAUUCAUACAGCGCCGUGGACGCCGGAGCCGCCGUCUCGCCUCCCGGCUGCGUACUACCAGCCCAUCUGUUUGAUAAAAUGUCAACUGUGGUGUCAAGUUCCAAGAGGUCAUGGGGACAAGCAGCAGACAGUGUUGACAGACUCAGCAGCCUCCCAGACCCGCUGCUCCAUCUCGUGAUGUCCUUCCUGCCAAUGCCAGAAGUCGUGCGCACAAGCUUGCUCUCGCCAAGGUGGCGCUAUCUAUGGGCCUCUGUGCCGUUCAUCCACCUAGAUUACAAGGACUUUGUGAAUGGUGGUGAUGAUCUAAAGAAGAGAAAAUUUGAUCAGAACAGGCUGCAGAAAUUUGGGGACCAGUUGCUACUCUUGCGUGAUGGCACUCCGCCCCUGGAUGAAGCUCGGAUCUUCAUCAGAAGUGGUCCAAUUGCUGAGAAAUGUUGUACGUGGAUUCGUCAUGCCAUCAGGCAUAAAGCUCGUCUGCUUCAUGUUUAUGGUCUCUCCAUUGGAGAAGAAAUAUUUUUCGAUAAUAGAUUGAUGAUUCCUUCUCAGCACCUGAAAAGAAUCAGGCUCCAAAUGGUCCCUUUGGAUAGCAUAUCCUUUAGGAUGCUAAAUUUUGACUUCCCUGCGCUUGAACAUUUAGAGCUGCAAGAUUGCAAUGUCUGGCCCAUGCAGAAGAUCUCAUCGAGGUCACUCAAGACUAUACACAUAUCCCGCUGCGAUUUCGAGGAAGGUCACGAGAUUUGUGCUCCGAAUCUAAACCAUCUGUCUAUCCUCGACUCAUCAUUUGGAGGUAUCCUUGUAACUAGGGAUCUGCAUUCUCUAGUUGCAGUUUCAAUAUGUCUAGGCAAUCAAGAUAAAAUAUUGGAUCACCGUGUAUUUGAUGGCCUAUCACAAGUCACAACCUUGAAGUUGCAUGCACCAUUACCUGAGCCCACACUCGAGAGGAGUUUGCAAACAUGCCCGGUGUUCAGCAACCUUUCAAGCCUGGUGCUGGGUGAAUGGUGCAUGGCUUCCGACUUUGCUCCACUACUUCUCAUUCUCCGCCGCUCGCCUAAACUAAAGUAUCUGACCCUUAAGCUCGGCACGGAGCAGCAUGGAGAAUGCAAGGCUGCUGUCUGUAAUCCGUCACCAAGGGAGCAAUCAUCUUCGGGCGGUUAUCCUAGCAUCGAGAGGGCCGUGAUCUACUGCGGCAGAGAUGAUCCGGGGGUGAGCGCACUGGUGAAGGUGCUGCUGCCGAUCGUCAUCCCACGCGGGGAGAUCAGCAUCAAAGGUCACUAGUAGUAUCAGAUGCAUGCUCACGCACUGCCCCUGUUGCUGACUUGCUAGUGCGAUGGAUGUGUAUGUAUGUAUGCAUGUCAAGAGGUGUGUCAAGUUGUAUCUUUUGUUAGUGCUAUGGAUGGAGCAUCGUGUUAAGAACUGUUUUUUAGAGAAAUUUGUAUGGGUUUGAGAAUAUGAACAGUACCAGCAACUCUCUGCAAAUUUUAAGUUUUCAUACAUUGUACUAUGUCUUUGGUGCAGAAAACAUGCAAGAACAAGGACACCAUGAUAGAGCUUUCCAAGGCUUGGCCA